ACAAAUAUGAGCCGCCAUCCAUAUAGAGGAUAAGAGUGAAAGGAAGUCCAAAGUUUUAGAAGGAUAAUGAGUGGAGAAGGAAAGGUGGUGUGUGUGACAGGUGGUUCUGGUUUUAUUGCUUCAUGGAUUGUUAAGUUCCUCCUCCAACGUGGUUAUACUGUGAGAGCCACCGUUCGAGAUCCAAGUCGGUGCUUCUUUUUCAUUCAACUUGUUUCUCUUUAUAGUAUUAUAAAUGCAUCAACAUUCAUGUCUUUUUGGUUGAAGCAUGUAAUCCUAAAAAGGUUGACCACUUGUUUAAACUUGAUGGUGCAAAGGAGAGGUUGCAACUCUUCAAAGCAGAUCUGUUGGAACAAGGUUCAUUUGACACUGCUGUCGAGGGAUGUGACGGUGUCUUUCACACUGCUUCGCCUGUUAGCUGAGUUGAUUGAUCCGGCAGUGAAGGGAACUCUUAAUGUUCUAAGAUCAUGUGCGAAAUCACCAUCUGUGAAACGGGUUGUCUUAACUUCUUCAAUUGCUGCAGUUUCAAUAAGCACAAGGCCGAAGAAUCCUGGAGUCAUAAUUAAUGAGACAUGGUUUUCAGAUCCAGAUUUCUGUAGGGAAUCAGAGUUAUGGUACAUGCUUUCAAAGACUUUGGCUGAGGCUGCUGCCUGGGAAUUUGUAAAUGAAAACAAGAUUGACAUGGUUGUUAUUAACCCAACAAUGGUUGCUGGAUCUCUCUUACAACCAGAGGUUAACAAAAGUGUUCAACCAAUUCUAGACAUGAUAAAUGGUAUACCUUUCCAAAAUUAUGCUUAUGGAUGGGUGAAUGUGAAAGAUGUUGCCGACGCCCAUAUUAACGCAUAUGAGAUUGCUUCAGCUAGUGGAAGAUAUCUUUUGUGUGAAAGAGUCUUACACUGUUCAGAACUUGCUAAGGUUUUACGCGAUUUGUAUCCAACAUUACAAAUUUCGGACAAGUGUGAGGAUGAUGAGCCAUACAAACCAAGAUAUCAGAUUUCCAAGGAGAAGGCUAAGAGUUUGGGAAUCAAGUUUAUUCCUUUGAAAGUCACUCUCAAGGAAACUGUGGAAAGCUUCAGAGAAAAAAAGAUUGUCGACUUUUAAUCCGUCGCGAUAUCACACUUAAUAGAAAAAAAAUUUAAUUGCUGCUGAAAAAAUGUUAACAACAUGAAUCAAUAUUUACUGCAUAUUUAUAUCGUUGUGACCUCUUCUAAAAUUAAAAACUACUAUCUCUAAUCUUUAAUAUAAAAAAAUUGGGUCAAUAGGUAUUUAUGCCCUUGUCAUUUAA